AACCCCAACAACAACAAGUGUGUUGAUGGUCUGUCCUUAUGAACAGAAAUUUAAGACUAUUAGUAAAAUUAUCAACUCCUCGGCUCAUCCUGCUGGUGUUAACCGCAACCAUCAUGAGUACUAAGAGAUCAAGUGAUAGUGACUGCGGUGGUGUCAAAGUUAAGAGGAAACUUAAUACUUCAGACACGAAAGUUGAUAUUUUACGACGGGCAAAUGACAGUGAUAAAGCAGGUGAUGUCGCCAGAAAUACUGAAAUAUCGAAAUCAACAGUAUACUCCACAAUCAAAAAAUAUCAGCAAUCGGCACAAAGUGAGGAGUGUAAAAAUCCUGUCCCAGAUGCUCGUAUUAAACGGCUGAAUAACAUGGAAAAGCUUCUCAAUGCUUGGGUGAAACAUGAAACACAAAAACACACACCUCUUAGCAUGGGAGUUAUUCAGGAAAAGGCCAGGAGUAUUUUUGAGGAUUUAAAACAAAGGGAAGGUGAAGGUUCUGAGGAGAUAAAUUUCAAUGUUAUAAAGUGGUGUUUUGAAUGGUAUAAGAGAUAUACAGACUUGCAUGGCAAUAUAUUGACUAACAAGGCAGCAAGUACUGAUACCGAUGCACUGGCUACUGCCAUAUAUCAGCAGAUGUUGAAGCAGAUCAUAAAAGAUAAUGACUACACACCUCAGCAAGUCUUCAAUGCUGAUGAAACUGGACUCUACUGGAAGCGGAUGCCAUCAAAAACCUCAAUAUCCAGAAAUGAAAAUAGGACCAGAGGAUUCAGGGCAAGCAAGGAUCGAAUGUCACUCCUCCUGGGAGGCAAUGCCGCUGGGGACUUCAAGUUAAAACCUCUAUUAGUCUACCACACUGAAACACCAAGUGCUAUGAAGAACUACUUCAAAACCAAUCUCCCUGUUACUUGGCAUGCUAACAAGAAAGCAUGGGUAACAUCAAGUAUUUUUAAAGAUUGGUUUUCCACCUAUUUUUGUCCAGCUGUUGAAAAAUACUGUGCUGACAACAACCUUGCUCAUAAGGCACUGCUGCUGCUUGAUAAUGCUACUCGCCAUCCCAUUACAUUGAAUGAUUUUAACCCUCAUGUUAGGGUUGUGUUCCUUCCUAAGAACAAGAUAUCUUUGAUUCAACCAAUGGAUCAAGGUAUUAUAACAACAUUUAAGGCAUACUAUGUACGGAAUACCUUUUCCAAACUCAUCAAAUACACCAGUGGAGAAAAUAAGCCAACAGUAAACGAGUUCUGGAGAACAUUUAAUAUCAUGGAUGCAAUUUCAAAUAUUGAUAAAUCCUGGAAAGAUCUUACAGUUGCCACAAUGAAUAUUGGAUGGAAACAACUGUGGCCUGAAUGUGUGAAUGACUUCCAUGAUUUUCAAGAGGCACUUCCAGACAUAUGCAGGGAUAUCGUGACACUUGCUAGGCGUGCUGGAUUUGAUGAGGUUGACGAUGAUGAUGUGACAGAGUUACUGGAAUCUCAUGGAGAGACCCUCACCAAAGAGGAAUUGGUGCAACUAGAAGAUGAGAAAUCCAGGUUAGGAGAAGAUGAGGAGGAUGACAUGCCUGAAAGCUCCAUAUUGACUCUGGGGAACAUGUCGAAAUUUUUUAAUUUGUUUGAAGAAGGAUUAGAACUGGUGAGGAAAUCAGACCCAUGCAAAGAUCGCAGCUUAGCCUUCAGUAUGGCAGUUAACAAUGCACUGCAGUGCUACAAGACACUGUAUGUAGAGAAACAGAGUCGAGCAAAACAGCCUUCACUUGAUGCACAUUUUAGGAGCAUCAGUCCCUCUACAUCCCCAAACAAGACAGUUGAAAAAAAGAUGGCUGAGACCACAGCCUCAAAGAAGACACCUCCUAUAGCUAUCAUACAGCCAUAUCGAAGGCAGCCAUACAGUAGAAUGAGGUACUCUCCAACUCAGUUCCACAGAGUCAGCCGCUCUCGAAGUUGGUCUCGCAGCAUCAGCCGCUCUCGAAGUCGAUCCCGUAGCAUCAACCAUUUUCAGAGUCGGUCCCGUAGCAUUAGCCGCUCUCGAAGUCGGUCCCGUAGCAUCAGCCACUCUCGAAGUCGGUCUCACAGUAGCAGCCGUUCUCGAAGUCAGUCCUGCAACAUCAGCCUCUUUCGAAGUCAGUCUCGCAGCAUCAGCCGCUCUCGAAGUCGGUCCCAUAGCAUCAACCACUCUCCAAGUCAGUCACAUAGUAUUAGCCACUCUCCAAGUCAGUCCCAUAGCAUUAGCCACUCUCCAAGUCGAUCCCGCAGCAUCAGCCGUUCCCCAAGUCGGUCCCGUAGCAUUAGCCGCUCUCCAAGUCAGUCCUGCAGCAGCAGCCACUCUCAAAGUCAGUCCCGCAGCAGCAGUCGCUCUCCAAGUCGGUCCUCCAGCAUAAGCCGCUCUCCAAGUUCAUCUAGAAGCAUCUGUCCCUCUCGACGCCUGUCCCGCAGUAUCACUCCCACUCGACACCUGUCCCGCAGCAUCAGCCCUGCGCGACGCGUGUCUCACAGUACCAGCCGUUCUCGACACCUAUCCCCCGGCAUUAGUACCCCUAUUAAAUGGUCAUUCUAAAGCAACAACUGCUCUCCAAACUGAAUACAGGUGUUUCCAGCAUCAUAUAUACAGCUGUUCAGAUGAGAAGGGUCUGUUAGCUCUUGAUCAAAUCAAGCAUCAUCGCCUAGCUGACGCUGUUAUCAUAAACAGCCCAAUGUUCCCACCAAGUAUCACACAAGAUUCCUGCCUUAAACUAUUAAAGAUGAUCCACUUCUUAACAUUGAGAAUAGUGUUAUCAAAGGAGUAUUCAUAUUAGGUAAACCAGGAGUUAAAUGUCCACUCUUGCUCAGAUUUCAUAACUUCAUGACAAAAAAAAAAAGACCUCAUUCAGUCUUCCAUAAUUCAGAAAAAAUUAUCUCUGUGAAUGAGUGCUUAAAAAAAAAAGUGAAGAAAAUGAGUGCCUCACAAAGAGGUGAAAAAUCUUUUAUUCAAGUUAAGGAAAAUAUAUCAGACCAACAUUAAUAAAAUUAGACAGUGUUUGUAUGAAAUGAAUAAAUUGUGGCUAGAAAAACAACCACAGGUAAAAGAUAUGAAAUAUCCAGUGAAUAGGAUCGACUCAAGUUCCUCCAUUAUUCUGGAUUAAUUGAGACAGAAUAAACUGAGAGCAUAAUACUCAAAGUUCCAGUUGUUGUGAUAUAUACAGGUUAAGUAUCCACUGUCCAAAAUCCGAAACUUUUUCGAGCACUGACAUGACACCAGAAAUGGAAAAUUUCAGUCAGCUCUGGGGAGGUUCUCAGGCAUUGUUCAGGUCCCUGCAUACCAAGACAGUUGCAACAUGUGACCUCGCAUACCCUGGCUGGGGCUCUGAUGCUCUGUUGGCAUCAGUUUAUUAUCAGCAUUCAUCACCAGACCUACGUGCAUUUCUCACUGCAAUUACAGUGCGUUUUGUGCUUAUUCUCUCCUCUGUGGUGUGAAGAUAUUGUUGAAAAUGUCAAAUGUCAGCUGUUUUUUAACAUCUGAUGCAGGUAUUCUGUCGAUGCUGUUGUACUGCUUUUGUUAUUAAAAAUAUUAUUUUUGCUAUUAAAAAUAUUGUAUAAAACUACCUAGCUAUCUCAUUAUAUUCAAAAAUCCGGGACAUUUCCAUCUCCAAGCAUUUUGGAUAAGGGAUAUUUAACCUGUACCUUCCUGCUAGUAAUUAACUAGCCAAGUAAUUUUCUUUGCUUGACUGCCUUAAUAUUACCUCUUGUACAAUGCUCAGUUCUGUUGCUACUAUAUUUUUUAUCUACCAUAAUGGUCUUACUGUAAAAUUUUAUCCUUUUUUGAAAAUCUUUGUGUUACAUACUGCAUAUUGUAAUACAGUGGACCCUUGACUAAUGAUAUUAAUUGGUACCCGAGAACGAAUAUCGUUAGUCGAGCUUUUUUAGCGUUAGCCGAGGCAAAAUGUUAGCAUUAACCUGUAUUGUUAGUCAGAGUUAGCAUUAGACGAUGCCAUCGUUGGUCGAGGGUCCACUGUACUUUAUUUUCUUAGGCUUAAUUUGCUAAGAAGCUAUAAUUGCUUCUCUCAAUUUCAGUCUCAUUAAAAUUAUCACUUACCAGUAUUAUAUUUUACAAGUACACACACGUACAGUAGUAUUUUAAUAUUUUAUAUACGUACACUGUUAUUUUCUUGUAUCUCCCUAUUGUUAUGUUACAAUUAAAUUGCAUUAGACUUCUUUGCUAAGGAAGCCCUCAGUGUCCUUCAGUGUAUCAACCACAUUAAUGAAACCAUUUACCACUUGUCCAUAAUUUUUCCACACUAACCUUGACAGAAGAUUAAUAUUCUUGUUAUUGCUCAAGUAAUUUAAGGAGGGAGAGGGAUUUUUUUUUUUUUUUUUUUUGUUUUCAACCGAUUUAUUUUAUUUUUGGUGUACUUUUAGAGGUGCAUAUAUAGUUUAAUGUGACAAAGUUUCAGUAUGAUUGGCCAACAAACAACAUAGAAAAAAAAUAUUAACAUAAUUUUGAUAUAUGGCAGCAUCCCCUGACAAAUUGGCACUACGAGUGGCACUUCCGACAUUCCCAACUGUUAGAAUACAACUAGCACGAGUCUUUUACGUUGCCAUUUCAUCUAAUAUAUCUUAUUAUCAUGGUAAAAAAAAAUACAUUUGACAGAAUUUUUGGCAUUCACCAAAAUAUCUGCCUUUUACCCCCCACAAAAUCAAAAAUAUUUGAGAUAUUCCAAAAAAUCCACCGUUAAAAAUUAAAACACACUUUGUUUUAUAUUGUCUGUGAAAAUCAUUUCAAUACAAUCAUUAAUAAUGGUUCAGGUCCGCGAAAUAAGUGAAUAAGUUACUUCCGAGACAUAGGCCUAGAACGCCGGUAGGCCUACCGUCAAAAAAAAAAUUUUCUUUUUUCGCGAAAAUCGCGUUUGUUUCGGUGUAUUUCUUAGUAAACUGAUGUUCUAGUGCAGUUAUCCUCUUCAAAACAUCGUUUUCUCUCACUCACAGACCAAACAAUACAACAUGGAGACGAGGAGUAACUUUUUUAUAUCGAAAUAUUGCUGGUGGACUCUCGCUAUAUUAUGGCCUAUUUUAUUCAGUAUAGAGUAUAUAACAUGUUUGUUUGUUAUUUACAGUGAUUAUUAUAUCAUAUUAGAUCAAUUCUGAUAGAUAAAUAAGCCGUAUAGUUAAUAUAUAAGCUGAUAUAAGCGUAAUAAUGAAAUGAUUUCACCUGGCACUCUCUGGAGAGGGA